UUCAGGGGCGGCGAGUGGCCAGGCUGGGUGCCGAGCUAGUGGGGCGGGAAAGAAGAGUUGGGCGGCCGCUCCGGCGCCGGGCUCGGUCGGCGGGCCCCGUGGGUCGCCCUCCCGUGCCUCGCAGCGGGCACCCUGGCCGUGGGCACCUGCGGGGCGCUCGGUGCGGGGCCGCUGGGCCGCGGCGGCGGCGGCAUGAAGGUCACAUCGCUCGACGGACGCCAGCUGCGCAAGAUGCUCCGCAAGGAGGCGGCGGCCCGCUGCGUCGUGCUCGACUGCCGGCCCUACCUGUCCUUCUCCGCUUCCAGCGUGCGCGGCUCGCUGAACGUCAACCUCAAUUCGGUGGUGCUGCGGCGGGCCCGCGGUGGCGCGGUGUCGGCGCGCUACGUGCUGCCCGACGAGGCGGCGCGCGCGCGGCUGCUGCAGGAGGGCGGCGGCGGCGUGGCGGCCGUGGUCGUGCUGGACCAGGGCAGCCGCCACUGGCGGAAGCUGCGCGAGGAGAGCUCCGCGCGCGUGGUGCUCACCUCCCUGCUCGCCUGCCUGCCCGCCGGCCCGCGGGUCUACUUCCUCAAAGGGGGCUAUGAGACCUUCUACUCUGAAUAUCCUGAGUGUUGUGUGGACGUGAAACCCAUUUCUCAAGAGAAGAUUGAAACUGAGAGAGCCGUCAUCAGCCAGUGUGGAAAACCAGUGCUCAACAUCAGCUACAGGCCAGCUUAUGACCAGGGAGGCCCAGUUGAAAUCCUUCCAUUCCUCUACCUUGGAAGUGCCUACCAUGCAUCCAAGUGCGAGUUCCUCGCCAACCUGCACAUCACAGCCCUGCUGAACGUCUCACAGCGGACCUCCGAGGCCUCCACGACCCACCUACACUACAAAUGGAUCCCUGUGGAAGACAGCCACACAGCUGACAUUAGCUCCCACUUUCAAGAAGCAAUAGACUUCAUUGACUGUGUCAGGGAAAAGGGAGGCAAGGUCCUGGUCCACUGUGAGGCGGGGAUCUCGCGAUCGCCCACCAUCUGCAUGGCUUACCUCAUGAAGACCAAGCAGCUCGGCCUGAAGGAUGCCUUUGAUUACAUCAAGCAGAGGAGGGGUGUGGUCUCGCCCAACUUCGGCUUCAUGGGCCAGCUCCUGCAGUAUGAGUCUGAGACCCUGCCUUCUACACCCACUGCCCAGGCUCCCUCCUGCCAAGGGGAGGCAGCCAGCUCUUCAUUCCCAGCCCAUUUGCAGACACUGAGCCCGGAUAUGCAGGGUUCCUACUGCACAUUCCCUACCUUGGUGCUGGCGCCAGUGCCCACCCACUCGACAGUCUCCGAGCUCAGCAGGAGCCCCCUGACCACAGCCACAUCCUGCUAAAACUGGGAAGGGGAACCAGCCCAACCCCAAGAACAACUGUGAUUUCAGUUUUUAAACUCGUGGACAUUUCAUACCUGUGCAAUACUGAAGACCACACUCUGUCCUACUGCCCCACUGGGAUAGUAAGUGGCCAGCAGCCUUGCAGAUGAACUUCAUACUGACCUCGGGGACAGGUUCUCGGGGCUGAAGGAAGGCCAAGCCAUUCUGGAAGCACUGCGUGUGCUACUAUCCUUCCAGACCCCCCUGCCCUCAGGACUGCCCAGUCCUCGCACCCCAAAGUUCGCCUUUUCAUUUCAAGCAUAAGGCAAUAAAUACCUGCUGCAAAGUGGGAAAAGGCAGUCACUAAACCAGGAGAAAAGGCCGUUAUGAAGCCAAUUUGUUUUGAAGGAAGCACAAUUUCCACCUGACUCUUUUUACCUUGGCAGCCUCCAUCUCUCUGUUGCUUCAGGCCAUAAGCUGAUUGCCAUCUCGUCAGGAAAGUAACCCUACAGGGAUGGUAGGGACACCAUAUAUAUACUGAUUUGAAUGCCCAUGUAUUUCUGAGACUCCGUCCAGGAUACAGUGGACACAGCUGAUUGAAGGAGUUAAGACGUCGACACCGCUGGGUUUCCCUGGGCUCUUCCCUGACUGUGGACUUUGGCACAAGUCUUAUUCAUACUUGAACCUUUCUCACUGCAUCUGUCCUCAAAGCCACUCGUGUGUCAUUUGAAAAGAGUUCUUCAGACCAUAGACCAAAAAUCACCCCUUUGAGGUGGUAGCAGUGGGCGCCAGGAGAAAGAGGGUGCCUGCCGUUUGGGUUGGUGGCAUUGAAACAGCCGUGUCGCCAGCUUGCUGUCCCUGUGUGUGUGUUCGUCUUGUUUCUGUGAGUUGUUUUCCCCCCUGCCCCUGGGGGUUGUCUUUGACUUGCUGGGAUUUACAGAUUUUGCUAUGUGGUACUACUACUUUUUUGUCUACAGGUUCUCUCUCUGGGGGAAAAGGCAAUAAUUUCCUAAAAUCCAUACAAAUGUGAAGAGAAGCAGUAUGUUACUAGUUGUUUUGUUGUUUUUUAUAGUGCAAAAUAAAAAUAGUAAACAAA